CUCACGUUACAUUGUGUUUGUGUCGGCAGAAAACACCCCCUCCCCCCACGCGCACACACAAUUUAUGCCUUAGAGAUACUUUCCUUCGUUUCCCCAAGUAUAACAGUACUCUCAAAAAAACAGUACUCUUCCAGGAAUUUUAGUCUCCCGCCGGACAUCUUUGGUUGCUUGGACGUACGCACGUGAUCAUGAUGAAGAAAAGGUCCAAUGGGUAUGGUAAAAUGAGUGAGAGCUCAACCGUGACGGCGUCGUCUACAUCCAGAGAAGAAGCAGUCGAGUGGGAGAUGAGACCCGGAGGAAUGUUGGUCCAGAAAAGAAGCGAUAUUAAGGAUGUUUCCGCUCCGAAUAUACGGCUUCGAGUGGUUUACGGUGCACUCCGGCAUGAGAUCUCGGUCAAUCCUCAGGCCACGUUUGGGGAGGUGAAGAAGCUACUGACUGGAGAGACGGGUUUACAGCCGGGAGAACAGCGGGUGAUAUUCAGAGGAAAAGAGCGAGAGAACGGGGAGUACUUGGACAUGUGCGGGGUGAAAGACCGGUCAAAGGUGAUACUGAUGGAGGACCCGUCGAGCAUCGAGCGCAGAUUCAUCGAGACGCGCAGGAAUGCCAAGAUCCAGAGCGCCCACCGCGCCAUCUCCGACGUUUCCUUGGAAGUCGAUAAGCUUGCUGAGCAGGUCUCUGCCAUUGAAAAAUCUAUUUCAAAUGGGGUUAAGGUGGCGGAAGUUCAAAUCACGACAUUAACUGAGAUGCUCAUGAGACAAGCAAUCAAACUAGAUAUGAUUUCUACAGAAGGAGAUGCUUCUGCUCAGAAGAAUUUGCAGGGGAAGAGGGUGCAGAAGUGUGUUGAGAGUCUUGAUGCGCUGAAGAUAUCAAAUGCGAGAAUAAAGCCUGUAAUUGUCACAACAAAGUGGGAGACCUUUGAUCCUCCUCCCACCACACCUCAAUGGGAAUUUUUUGAUUGAUCUCUCAUCCCUCCCCACCCCCCUCUUCUUUUUUUUUUUUUAAUUUUCUGUGUCUUUGUGAUUUCAUUGGAAAAUGUAGUUACCUCGAGAGGAAUAUGAGCGAGCUAUGCUUGCUACGCUACUUGUACUUAUAGGCCCUCCCCUCGAUCCCCCCAUGAACUUUGCCAAUAAGCAUUGGUUGCCAUAAUACAUAGUUGAGAUUUUGUUCAAA